CUGUUCAGAGAUUAACAUUGUGCACAUGCUGCUUCUGUCCCAAUGCAAACUUUGAAUGAACAACUUCCACUCAUCCCUCCAGCAAUACAACGCUUUAGUCCAGACCUGUUUGAUGGCGAAGUAAAAAAAAAAGGGCGGACCUUCAAGUUGUGUACUCUAGAGAUCUGAACUCACUAAAUAACAUUCACUUUGGAAAAUCUCAACAACCCAGCUGAGGCUGCCCAGAGCUCCCGUUCAACCUGAGGGAGAGGGAGGAUCAUUGCGCGCGCAAUGCGCAGGAGCGACGCACACUCGUACAGUGAAUUUCUGCCUUCCUCCUCUCAGAGAACACGGCCAGACUUUUCUGAGUGUCGGAGAUUUGAGCAUCGACGAAGAGACUGGUGUCAAAGAGUCCAUAUUUUAAAGAGGGUUAAUGCCAGAGAUCUCUAAAACGCGCCGGUUGGUACGCUUCAGUUCAGGUGCACAGGUUUCAUCCUGUUGAGCGUGCUGGGCUCGACUUCGCUUUUAUUACACAACGAGGACUUUGGAACCAAGCUGCAAGCAGGUGGCUUCAGAAACAACAACUUGGUUCAUCGAGAUGUCAUUAUCCACCCUGCACGUCACACAUAUGAGGGGAGAAGAGGUAUCGGUCACCAUUACACCCAACUGACCAGUCAUCUCCACACCAGUCACGGAUGCAGAGGGGCCGCAACAUGCCUGUGUCCCGCAGAAAAGUGAGUGUCCUCUGCGUGAUGGUGCUCAACGUCUUGAUCUGCAUUCUGAUGGGGGUAACAUGGAGGUAUAAAGAAAACAACCACUCGAAAGUUCGAACCCCAGUUACGAGGUUUUGGCGCCCAGAGGUACUGAACAAAGCUUUCUGGAACAAGGAGCAGCAGCUUCUGGACUUCAUAUAUAACCCAAAUAUGAAGUUUGUACUCUCCAGUGACUCUCUGAUUGAGCUACCUGAUUGGCUGAAUGACACUGGUCCACUCAACCCCUGUGAACCAGACUACAGAGUCUUCACACAAAUUUCGGACUACAACUCCCUGCCGCAGCGUUUCCAGGAUUUUCUUUUGCACCUUCGCUGCAGGACAUACCCCAUGCUGAUAAAUCAGCCACAUGUUUGUGAUGAAAAACCCUUCUUGCUGCUGGUGGUCAAGUCACUCAUCCCACAUUUUGACAGACGGCAAGCCAUUCGUCAGACAUGGGGACGGGCAGGUGUCGUUGCCAAUCGGACUGUGGCAAUGGUGUUCCUGCUAGGCAACACCUCGCCGGUGGACCACUUCCCAAACCUACUGGAGAUGCUGGGCCAUGAAGAGAAGAUUCACAAAGACCUCCUCCAAUGGGACUACAGGGAAACCUUCUUCAACCUCACCCUGAAGGAAGUCCUCUUCCUGGAGUGGUUCAACCAAAACUGUCCCCAUGCCCAGUAUAUCCUCAAGGGUGACGAUGAUGUUUUUGUCAACACUUUACUAAUUAUUGACCUCCUGGAAGGCCUGUCAGACAAUGGGGCCAAAGAUUUGUUCAUAGGUGAUGUUAUCAGUGACGCCAGUCCACACAGAGACAGUAAACUGAAGUACUAUAUCCCGGAGAGUGUAUUUGAAGGGGCUUACCCACCUUAUGCAGGAGGCGGAGGAUAUCUCUACUCUGGGGAGUUAGCGCUACGCCUUUACAACGUAUCUCGGCAGGUAGUCUUGUAUCCCAUUGACGAUGUCUACACAGGGAUGUGUCUAAGAAAGCUUGGCCUGGUUCCUGAGAAGCACAGCGGCUUCAGGACUUUUGGCAUUGAAGAGAAGUACAGGAACAAUCCCUGCAUCUACAGGAGCUUGAUGCUGGUUCACAGUCGGACACCAGAGGAGAUGCUGACGAUCUGGCCUUGGAUUAUCCAUCCCGAGCUGGACUGCCAGUGAAUACCUGCAUAUAUCUUUGUUCAAUGUUUGUUUGCUCUCAUGAGUUUGUCAUUUUCAGCACAUUGUAGUAGUCAGGGAUGCUCUGAUCAAGCUUUUUUGUGGCUAUUUUAUAUUGCUUAUCAUCUAUUAGCCAUACCAGCUGACUCUCUCUGACCUGAAUGGAAGUGAAUCUUCAUUGGUGACACCUGUGUUUAUCCUAUUUCAUGCCAAAAUGGCUGCUGUGAAAAAGGUCUGUUAUUACCUGGUAAUAACCUGAUGAUCGGCUGACUGGUAUGGGCGUCCCUAGUCCGAGCAAUACCUCUGUUAGUAUUUUAAAGCCAUCAAACCUUUGUUUAUUUAUUAUCCACAGGCUGGUUUAUCAGUUAGCAAAUGAAUGGUAGAGUUGGCAUGUAAACCUUUUAGCUUGUUAACGGGAUGAUGUUAACAUGUGGGACGGAUGGUAGUAUUUGAAAAGAUUCUAUUGUUUGUAUUUUAAUUUGAUACAACUUUUUACUUCACUUCAUAUCAGAGGUUAAUAUUAUACUUGCCACUCAUUGGUCUGACAGCUUUAAUUACUAGUUUUCACACCUUAUUUUCUAUUUCCUGUCUAGUGCAAAUUAUGUGUUGAUUUUGGAUGUUUGUCAUAAACUGAAGGAUGAAAUGUUCUUUAAUGGGUUGAGACCAAAUCUCUUAAAUACUUCUUAAGAUAAACUGUUUUAAAACCCUCAUGGGUUAGCAGACAAACCUGUGGAUGACUUCUGAUGUCAAACUAACUGAUCUGCUCGUAUAAUCUAUUGAUCCCACAGGCUGUUUAUGUAAUUUUAUAUUUGUACAGUGAUUGUGUUCAUUUUCUAUUUUUAACAUCCAAACUGUGAUGUUGUUGUUGUUACUGAGUAUCCAUACUAUGUAUUUGUAUUUGUAUAAUUUAUUGCAAGCA